AACUUUGAAUUACAAUUUACUAGCAGUUAUGAGUUUAUUUGCAAUCAUCAAUUAUCAUCGUGGCUUACUCACUCCUGGCAGAGCGUUUGCCCCCUUUUGGGAUCACUGAUUUAUUUAUUUGGGUACCACCCAAUUAUAUAUUAUAUAUAUUCAUAAAAUAUUACAAUUGAAGGAUACAGACAAAGAAGGUGCUAUGUCAAAAUAUAAGGUUUGAGAAAAAUGGUUUUAAAAGUUGACUCUCUGGUAUUUGUUUAUAAAUUUGCUGGAAUUAUAGCGAUGGAAUCAGUCUAUGUGUACAACAUGACAUAGAACUUUUUUCGCCAGAACCUCGCGGACUUGCCACCUUCUUCGAUUGACUAGAGAAAUUAAAAUAUAUUGUGAUUCCUGACUGAACACGUUCAUAGCAGUGAUUGAUUCAUAGAAUGGUAGUAGAGAUCGCUGGCUAACAGAGGGACCAGAAACUGAUUUUCUGCAAAAAUUGACAUAGCACCUUCUUUGCAUGCAAAGGCUAUGUCAAGGGUACAUGCAUGUACCCUUCAAUUAUUAUCUAGUGAUACAUUAAACAUAAAAAUAUAGUAAAUGUGACAAAAAUUGGUGAUGCAGUCAAUACGAUGCCUACCAAAGUUGUAGUGAUGAAAUUUAUGUUUAUGUCUCCUAAGACUUGAUCUCCCCAUCUUGUUUUGGGUCUCCUCUUUGGCCUCUUUGUUGUUGGUAUCCAGCCAGUUAUUCCCUUUAGCAUAGAAUCUGGGUUAGCUCUUUCAGUGUGUCCCAACUACCUGAGCCUUUGCACCUUCGUGAACUUGAUUAUGUCUUCACCCUGGAUGGCUUCUUUAAUUUCUUCAUUGGUUAACCUUCUAAAUUCACCUACACCUAUGCUCACCAGUCCCAUUAUUUGUUGAAUUAUCUUUCUCUAUAAGAUUUCUAACUUCAUUCCAUCUUUUUGUGUUAACACGUUCGCACCUAACGUAUUACCACUAGACGUUCCUCAGAAACAAAUAUGAGUUUUUAGGUAAAAAACAGGAAUAUUGGAUUAAAACUCGGACACAUGGAUUAGUAUAUAGAUAUUUAAACAUUUUUUUUUGUUUACUUAGCCUGUCAGUAUACUGGUAGUCAGGAUAUAUUUGUACGUGUUUAACUAUAUACUGAAUACCAGUAUACUGGCAGGCUAAUCUAGACAAAAUAAACAACAAUAAUCGCUUUAUAAUUGGGAAAGAAAUUGGUCAUAAUUUUUUUUAUUACAAAAGAAACAUAAUUAUUAUCCUAAAAAACUAUAAUAAAUAAAUUUAUUGUUUGCCUUGUGUAUGGAACAAUUUGUAGCAAGGAACUAUGCAUAGUCCUGGUGAGUCGGGGCAGCUGGGACAAUAAUAACGCAACCUUUUUCGGGCAUUUUGCUUAGUGCAAUAUCGGCACCGUAACAUACCACUUUUAUUUUUUUCCGUGACCGGAACUUGUUCAAAUUCAAAUUCAAAUUCAAAAUAUCUUUUAUUAAAAAAAUUGUAAACAACACACUUACAGCAAAUUGUCACAAUUGAAUAAUAAGUGUCUAAUAUACAUACAAAAUUACAAUUACAAAUACUAUGAGUUAAAAGUUAAAAUGUGUGAUUUAAAAACUCAUACACAGAAUAUGGUUCUAAAUCCAAUAAAAUGCUUUUUAUUUCAGUUCUAAAUGUAUUAAAAUUCUGUUGCAAUUUAAUUCUAACAGGCAAUUUGUUAAAAAAAUUUAUACACGAAUAUGUAGGUCCCCUCUCUGUUGCGACUAGCCUAUGUAUAGGAAAAUUGAGCCCUACAUACCUAGUGGGUAUGCUGUGUUUUGGCUCAGAAUGUGUAAACCUAUCCCUAUUCUUGAACAGGAACAGUAAACACUCAUAUAUAUAAAGCCCUGCCACAGUUAAUAAUCUUAACUCCUUAAAUUUUCCCCUACAGGUCCUUCGAGCUUUUAUCUUGAGCAUUGUUCUUAUUGCUCUCUUCUGAGCAAUAAUACUCUAUCAACAUCAGUUCCUCCGCCCCAGAAAAUAAUACCAUAUCUGAGCACUGAGUAGAUGUUUGCAAAAUAAACUGUCUUAAGGUGUUGUAAAUUCAAAUACUUAGACAUUACUCGUAAUGAAUAACAUGCCAUGUUGAUUCUCUUGCGAACAACACACAGAUGCUCUGACCAAUUUAGAUGUUGAUCUAUGUAAAUACCCAAGAAUUUUGUAUUUGUUGAUAAUACAACAGUUUGAUCAUCCAACUCAAUCUCCUCUGGAAUUAUCUCAUUAUUUUGCUUUGUGUGAAAACAAACACAGUUAGUCUUCUCAGUAUUUAAAACCAAUUUAUUUUUUAAGAACCAAUUCUGAGCUGUUUUUAAGUGAUCUGAAGAAAUACUCAAAAGAUCCUCAAACGUUGAUGCUAAUGUUAAUAAGUUUGCAUCAUCUGCAAAAUUUACAAGGUGAGACUCACUGCUCAGUAUUUCGCUACCAAGAUUGUUAAUGUAGAAAACAAAAAGAAGUGGUCCCAUGACACUGCCCUGAGCAAUACCAAGUUGUAAAUUCCCUUCUUCUGAAGAAAACUGUUGUCCUUCUCGAGUUAUAAUAACUUUUUGUCGUCUGUCAGUGAGGUAAUCUCUUAUCCAGUCCCGAGCAGGGCCACGAAUUCCAUAUCUUUCUAGUUUGUUGAUCAAAAUAUUGUUAUGACAGUUCCGUAGAUUGUUCCUACAUAGAAAGAGUCCCUCGACGUGAAAGAAGAAGUAGUCACGUACGAGAAUAUUCUGGAUGUCAUGGAAUAACCCAGAAAUGUCUGGUGACAUCUAGAACGUCAGAAAACUAUAUAAACAUUAUGUGUUUGACAUUCUAUAGUUCAGUUGUAAUUCAGAUUUAGUAGUCGACAGUUGUCAGUUUGUUAAAGUUUAUAUUGUAUUUGAGUUUGAAUAAAGUUACUUUCAAGAAGUUGUAACAUUGGUGACAGCGGUGGGAUUUAAGAGAUAUUGAAGAAGAUACUGAGAAUUGUUUAUGGUAAAUACCAGAUCAUCUAAAGUUGAGAAGGAAAUGGAUACAUCCGGACCACCAGCAUGGUUUUUAAAAAUGAAAGAAAAUGAAGAGAAACGUAGGCAAGAAGAGAAAGAAAAUGAAGAGAAACGUAGGCAAGAAGAGAAAGAAAAUGAAGAGAAGCGUAGGCAAGAAGAGAAAGAAAAUGAAGAGAAACGUAGGCAAGAAGAGAAAGAAAAUGAAGAGAAGCGUAGGCAAGAAGAGAAAGAAAAUGAAGAGAAACGUAGGCAAGAAGAGAAAGAAAAUGAAGAGAAACGUAGGCAAGAAGAGAAAGAAAAUGAAGAGAAGCGUAGGCAAGAAGAGAAAGAAAAUGAAGAGAAACGUAGGCAAGAAGAGAAAGAGGAAGAUAAAAAACUUAGAAAAGAAGAGGAGGAGAGGCGUAGACAAGCAGAGGUAGAAAUUAUGAAUAGUUUGUCCCAAAUUCACGAGCAUUUUCAGUUAGAGGUAAGUCGAAUUACUAAUAAAAUAGAUAUAUUAGAAGAAAAACAAAACUGUUUAGAUAAUAAAAUAGAACAACAACAAAAUUAUUUAGAAAACAAAAUAGACCAACAACAAAAUCAUUUAGAAAAUAAAAUAGAACAGCAACAAAACGAUUUAAAGCAGCAACAAAACGAUUUGAAAUAUAGUUUAGAAAAACAAAUAGUAGAGUUAGCAAACAAAAUUAAUACCCAAGCUUCUUUAUCUCAUAUUGUUUCAGUUACUAAUAUCGAAUCCGAACAAACAGCCCUUUCCUCUUCCAUCGUUGAUCCAGGCAUAAUUAGAAGUAGCAAAAUUUUAAAACCACCCACGUUUGAUGGCCAAACAGCGUGGGAAACUUAUCGUUUCCAAUUUGAAGCUGCAGCUAAAGCAAAUGGCUGGACUGAAAGAGAAAUGGCAGCUUCCUUGGUGGUGUCGCUUCGAGGUCAGGCAGCAACCGUCCUUCAAUUUCUUCCUCGGGAUUCACCUAGUUAUGACUCACUUGUUCAAGCUUUAGAAACAAGAUAUGGCCAACAACAUCUGAAGCAGGUUUUUCAAAGUCAGCUUAAAGUUCGGUAUCAAAAACAUAACGAGAGCCUACAAGAAUUUGAAGCUGAUAUUAAAAGAUUACUACAUUUGGCAUACCCUCAGGCACCUAAAGAUUUUCUUGAACAAAUCGGUAUACAGGCAUUCAUAGACGGACUACAUGAUAUCGAAAUGCAACAGGCUCUCCGAUUACAACACCACAAAACGCUAAAUGGAGCACUAGUUUCAGCCCAGGAGUUUGAAGCGGCUAAAAGUAUUUCAAGAUCUCGCCCAAGAUUAAAAGAAAUAAGAUUUCGAGAAGAUGAACAAGUCCCUACCACAGAUAAUCAACAACCUAUUUUGUCCCAGAUGUUGAACAUACUCCAAAAUCUUCAACAAAAUCAACAAAAAGCUCAAAAUCAAAACAGAAGAUGUUUUAACUGCGGAAGAAUUGGACAUUUGCAGGUCAAUUGUAGAAGUGGAUCCCAAGCGAGAAAAGAAGAAUACAAUAAUGAUGUCAGAAGGUCGCCUAGAUCGACAUCCAGAAGCCCAUCAUAUAGUCCUACUAGAAAUAUUAGUAGAGAUAGGUAUGUAAGAAGUCGAUCUCCUACAACUGACCACAGAUAUUCAAACAAUAGCCAGGGAAACGAAUAAAAGUCGACACUAAGGGGCGGGCGUCGGCUGAAUCUAAUAAAAGCCCCCAAAUUCGCAGUUAUACUUUCAACAAAAAUGAACAGAACUUAUUACUUAAGGGCUACGUUGACAAUCAAAAAUGCACUUUUCUUAUUGAUACCGGUGCAACAAGAUCUUUUGUUCGCAAAGAACUUCUGAACAGAAAACUACAGCCAUGUAAAACAAACUUAGUUCUUGAAACAGCUUCAGGUCAAACUAUUCCAAUUCAUGGAGAAGUAACGGCGACCAUAAAGAUUGGCAACACCUUGAUA